AUGUUCUCAUUCCUUCUUGCCGCCACUCAGGUUGCGGCUUUUGGCGCCCAAGUCGCCUCUGCUUCGAAUGCCAUCGUCUGUAUUGCCGGUCAAUGUCUGCAGGGAGAUUCUAACACCACUCUUGGAGUUUCGCUUACCGCGUCGGAUGUUCGCAACGGCAGCGUACUCCUUCUCCCUGGUCAAUACACGACGACAACGAACCCACAACUAGUGCACGACCUGCUUACGUCUCCUCAUGCCACCCUCAACCCAACACCGGGCUUUGGCUCUAACUCUACACCGUCUUUGCCACUCAAUGUCGCAGUGUCACCCGGUCUCGCAAUCUACUCUCAAUCCCUCUACUCGGGCAAAUCUGCAUUCAGUGGCCUCCCGUCCGGGCCCGUGGCCAACUCCUCCACUCCUCUCAAUGCACAAUCCAUGGCUCUUGCCUCCAACAUAUGGGCCGCCGUUUCGGUUGGCUCCAAUGGCCGAGUGAUUAUUUGGGACUCCGUUCCCGACACCUCCCAACUGCCUUCCAGCAACACGGGCUCAAUGACAUUGUUGGAUAUGCAAUCCGCCACUUGCUCCUCCCCUUGCUCGAGCUCUGGCACAUGUUCUUCCACUGGAACAUGCACCUGCGCGCCAGGCUUUAAUGGAACGUCAUGCGAGACUUGUGCAGCAGGUUUCUUUGGCCCGAAAUGUCAGCCAUGCCCUGCUGGCUGUGCUUCGUGUGAUGAAGGCAUCUCUGGUACUGGUCGUUGCCUUACCCCGCCCGUUCCCAGCCCACUUACUGCUUGCAACUGCUUGAACGGUAACUGUAAUCCAGACGGGUCAUGUGCUUGUAAUUCGGGAUGGACCACUGCUGAUAAUGGCACUUCUUGUGCCAAAUGUGCGAGCGGAUUUUUCUCGACGUCUACGGGAGACUGCAAAGUCUGCAAGCUUGGAUGUGCUAGUUGCGCCGAUCUCACAGGAAACUGCCUUACUUGUGCCACCCGCUUCACGCAAGAUCAGAACGACGCUACGAAAUGCACCCCCCUUCCUUCAUCAGCCAAUGGAGUCACGUGUCCCGAUGGAAGCUUCAGCGAUGGAACUAAUUGCACGCCGUGCUCUGGUUCGUGUAGCACCUGUUCCGGCCCAACCUCGAAUGAUUGCACUUCCUGCCCAACCUCUCGUUUCUUAACCAACAAUGGAAGCUGCGUUUCGGCUAGCAGCACUGGCGUAUGCGAAGGCUCUAAUCUCAUUGCUGACAACAAUAAAGGCAAAUGCGAUACGUGUGGUGCAAAAUGCACGUCUUGCUCGAUUGCUAGCUUCAAUGUUGCUUCGACAGUCAAUCAACUCAAGUGCACUGGUUGUAUCAAAGGUAGCGUCCUUUCCAACGGACAAUGCAUCGAGAGCUGUCCAUCCGGGAGCUUCCUUUCUCCGAAGGAUAAUAUGACCUGUACCACGUGCGAUCCAAGCUGCAGUACAUGUAGCGGCUCUUCCACCUCCUGCCUUACAUGUCCAAACAACCAAGUUGCCUCUAACGGCAAAUGUGUUUCCACUUGCCCUUCCAACACCUUUUCCUCCUCCGGCGCUUGUCUGUCCUGUCACCCUGAUUGCGCAACUUGCACCGGUGGAUCUUUCUCCCAAUGCGCCAGUUGCCCUCCAAAUCGACCUGUUCUGAGUGGUGGCCGCUGUCUCCCAACCUGCAGCAAAAACCAAUUCUUUGACACGACUUCAAGCUCCUGUCAGUCAUGUGAUGCCAGCUGCUCCAGCUGUUCUGGCUCGGGUCCUGGCCGGUGUCUUGCCUGCUCGAGUGCCAAUCAAGUGCUGCGUGGAGGGACAUGUGUUGCGGCCAGCUGCAAUAACUCUACUAGCGUUAUUCCUGGUCUCGGAGUCUGUUUAUCGGAUCUUGUUCAUGUUUUGUCGACAACCACGAACAAUGGCACCAUUUCGGAGCCAACGAAACCGACUCCGACUCCGCCCCCAAGGACUCCGGGUGGUCGGGCCCUUGCUUGGUGGGAAAUCCUCUUGAUGGCCCUCGGAUGCGCGUUCAUCUUCAUGUUGUUCUUGAUGUGUUGGCGCCGCAGAGCUCGCAACCGACGGGCGAAACAAACGGCUGCUUGGGCUGCAACGAAGAAACUUAAUCCCAAGACGAACUGGCGCUGGCGGCUAGUUCGAUUUGGGGAGAAGCUAUUUGGACAUCGCGCCAGCCGCCGCGCUCAACCCACUCCCGCGAUCCACUUGGACGAGAACGAGGAGGUGGAGAGCGAGGCGAUCAAGCUGAUGAAGAUGCGGAAUGCGGAGGAGGCCAGACAUCAUCGCGAAAUGGAGAAACUCCAAGUGUUCGGAGCUUACGAAUACUCACGCCAUUCUUAUGCGUCGCAUUCAAGCGGAGGGUCGAAGCCGUCGGUCCUGCCCGAAUUAGAUGCCCAACAACGUGUCUCGCGGGGGUCCAUCUACUCCUCCGUGACUGGUGUCCCGCGCGCUGGCCCUGAACCGCGUCAACCGGUGAGCAAGACCGAGUUAUCCGGUCUCGCACGGUACCCGAGCUCAAUAUUGAGCUCGUAUGCGAAACCCGCCUCGCCACCGGAAGGCCGUCUGGUCGAUGUCGAUGCUGAUGUGCCGGUAAUUGCACCUCCCCCCCGAAUCACAGAGGCUCAGGCUUACGCGGAGGCUGUACGCCCGUCGCUGGCGGAAACCCAUGGCGCUUAUUGGAUACGCCCAGACGUAACAGGGACCUCGGGCAAGUUGUCAAAUAAUCCGUUUAGACGAUAG